AUGGCUAAGUACAAUCCGGCGCACACGCCGCCGACAAACGCCACAUGGGAUAUCACAUCUCUACAGUAACUGCAGUCAUUUAAGUGCCAGUUUUCACAGAUAAUUAUAAUGAGGGUGUUAUUGAUUUGCGCUUUUCUCGCUUUGGCCGCAGCCGCGCCUCAGCAGCCUGAAAAGGUCAUAGCAAUUUUAAAGCAAGACUUCGAUCAGCAACCCGAUGGGUCUUAUGUGUACAACUAUGAAACCGAGAACGGAAUUAAAGCGGAGGAGACAGGAACGUUGAAGAAAGCGAGUGGUCCCGACAGCAACGACGUGAUCGUAGCGCAGGGAGGUUUCAGCUACACAGCGCCCGACGGCACAGUCAUCAACCUUAACUACAUCGCUGAUGAUGAAAACGGCUUCAAACCUGAGGGUGAACAUUUGCCGACACCACCCCCGAUACCGCCGGCAAUUCAGAAGGCAUUAGACUACUUGGCAACCCUUCCACCGCCGCCCCCAUCCAGAGCUUGAUCACCGCGACUUUACAUUUAUACUCAAAUACUUAUGAUACUCGUUUUAUGUCUGCUCGUUAGUAUCCGUACUGCUUUGUAAACAUGAGAAUUGAUACAUUUCCGUUUGUAGGUAUGUGAUCCAAAUUCUCAGUAUCACUGUUAGUGUUUACCAAGUUGCAUGUGAUACGUUUUUUUAUAAGUAAAGCAAUAAAAAACAAAUAAAAACACGACCGAUGAACUGUGAUAAAGAUUAUAUCGGCACAAAUAUGAUAUGAAUUGUAUUAUUUAUUCAAUAAAUGCAAAAUCAGUGCCAAAGAUGCAUUGUAAAUGAACAUUGGACGUUUUA